UAUCUAGUUGUGUGCGUCUCCGGUCUCUGUCUAGGGUCUCACUGGACGCGCAUGCGAGAAACUACACCGUGUAUUUAGUUGUGUGUUCUCUAUCUGUCAUGGAUUCUUAUAAUCGUCCGCGAGCGUACAUACGUGGUAAUUUAACAAUUAUCCACGUAAUUAAUACCAUUUAUAAAUUUAUUUAAUUUUGUUUUAUAAUAUUAAUAUUAAUAAGUUGCGUGUUGUAAAUUUAAAUGGCGGUGUUAGUUGUGUUUGUCAUAUUUAUCAAGUGUUAAAAAAUAAUAAUGAUAAUAAUUAAUUUUUAAUUAUCAUUAUUGUUGUUAUUCAAAUAAUUCAUUUAUUUAUUAAAUAAAUAAAUAUUUUAAAACUCAACAAAAAUGAAUGACAGCUCGAGCAGCGGGAGGAAAAAAUUCAUGGAGAAGGUGGGAAAUAAAAAUAAACAUUAAUCAACAAGGUCUUGGUAAAGAUCGGUGGAGUUUAAUCAGUGCGUGACCCAGGGCAAUAGGAAAACAAGGGCAUUUAUUAUUGGUAUUGGACGGAAGGAAAGCACAGGCAACCGGACAAUACAAAAGGAUAUGAGGCAAGUGGUGGUACUUGAGCCGGCUGGCAGUGUUCUGGUCAUAAGGCAAACAUCAUUGGGUCCAAGUGCCGUGACGAGUGUUACGACAACAACCAACAAUACUUCCAUUGGUGGCUGCGUUACUGCUGCCAACCAUCAUCAUCAUCAGCAUCACAAUGCCCAUGACAACCACCAUACCGUUGUGUCCAACAAUGUCACAACAGUAUCCAAUGACCACAAUCAAAAUCGCAUCGUCGUUGUUCGUUCAUCUUCGGCUUCCUGUAUGACCACUGGAGAGAAUGGAAUUCUAGUCAACGGAAAUCUUAAUAACAAUGGAAACAUCGUUCUGAAUGGAAACAGUGUAAUAAAUGCAACAAAAUCAUCGGAUAUUGGAUCAAAUGUUAAGUCGAGUGAUCGUGGCGAUCAUCGAAAAGUUCUCGAUACGGUUUCUGUUGGUGGUAAUGGCGAUGUCAAUACGGGAAAUCGACAAAAAUCAACCAAAGAGAUAACUAUCCAUGAACAGCAACAGCAAAAGUCACAGUCUCAACAGCAAACCCACCAGCUGGGAGCCACUGGAGGAGGUGGAACUGGAGCUGCCGGUGGUACUGACGGGAAAACCGAUGGCGCGGAUACCAUUUCCGACGGGGAUCCAAUAAAGCUACCGGAAAACUUGGAGACACUACCACGUGCCGAGCACUUUCCAACCCAGAGGCACCGAUGGAACACCAACGAGGAAAUAGCUGCGAUCCUUAUCAGCUUCCAAAGACACGCGGAGUGGCAAAGUCGGGAGGUCAAGGUCCGCCCACGAAGUGGCUCUAUGUUGCUUUAUUCACGUAAGAAAGUUCGCUAUCGGCGUGAUGGAUACUGCUGGAAGAAACGUAAAGACGGCAAGACUACACGUGAAGAUCACAUGAAAUUAAAGGUCCAAGGAGUGGAAUGUAUAUACGGUUGUUAUGUACACUCGGCAAUUUUGCCGACAUUUCAUCGUCGUUGUUACUGGCUACUUCAAAAUCCUGACGUCGUACUGGUACAUUAUUUAAACGUACCCUAUCCAGACGGUGACGCUAAAUUGGCAGCACUACCGCCGUGCCUUGCAUUACCACCAGACAAAAAAGAAUGGACACGUGACGAAUUGGCCUCGCAAUUGAGGCCCAUGUUUUUGGGCAGCGAUGAUGAUCCCAACAAUCCACAUCUAUCGCAGCAUAAUAACCACCCAGUUGAUAUGAUUGUAACUCAAUUACUGGACAGACAGCGUGCAUCAACGACCACGUCAACGACUGGAGCACAAUUGGCUCCUCGACGAUUAACACCAGACAAUCAGGGCCAUUGUUUUACAAGUAGAAAUUUUAAAACAAAGGAUGAGAUGUCGCUGUUGACCUUGCUGCAGGUAACCUCGACGACUGGAGGCCAGCAGCCCUCGUCAACGGCGUCAACAGCGCCUCGCAUAUACUCAAGACAUUCCCACUCGACCCAGAGUCAACAGCCAGCACCUCUAGUUUUAAGUCUCCAACAAAUACAGGGUGGCGGUGGACUUUUGAUACUCAACAGCCAGCCAUAUCAUCAACAGCCACAGCAACCGCAGCAGCAGCAGACUCAGCAAUCUCAGCAGGUUGAAAUGCAGACAGUCAGCGAACAGAAUUUGGUACAGCAACAGCAGACGAGUGUUGAUCGCGAGCAGCAGACACAGCAGCAGGAUUUGGAUACCAAAGACUCGAUUGAGCUCACAACACAUCAGACAAUCAGUGCGUCUGGCAACAGCGGCAUGACGGACUUCGUCGAGACCCUGGACUUGAGUCAGGAAGACAUUCAGCGAACGCUUUCAGCAAAUAUGAUACCUCCUUCCCCAUCUCCGUCGCCAGCUGACAAUCAUAUCAUCAAUCCCAUGGACUUUAUCGACUCUUCUGAUGAUGUACUCGUAAAUCUUGAUGCUUUCGAUGUAUUCGGCGAUCUUCCUGAGCUCCAUGAUUUUGAGACUGAGCAUAAGGCAGAAGUGGACAGAACCGGUUCACAAUCUGACAGUGCUUGUCAUCCUGGAGCUACCGUCCAUAUUGCCGAGUAUAGUCCCGAAUGGAGUUACACCGAAGGUGGAGUCAAGGUACUUGUAGCUGGACCGUGGACAGGUGGUAGUGGUUCACAAUCGUAUUCCGUUCUAUUUGACGCUGAGCCAGUUGAAGCGUGUCUGGUACAGCCGGGUGUAUUACGUUGUCGUUGUCCAGCUCACGCCCCCGGUAUCGCCUCACUACAAGUGGCUUGUGAUGGAUUUGUCGUGUCUGACAGCGUUGCAUUUGAAUAUCGACGUGCGCCCACAACAGAGCCAAGUCCAGAAAAGGCAUUACUAGAUCGAUUGGCGGACGUCGAAUCACGUUUACAAGGACCAGGUCCACCCUCGCCCGCAGUACAUCUCGAAGAGCGUCUCGUUACUUACUGUCAGGACGCAGUUGUCCGUCCAUGGCGAGCUGGUGCCGAACCUCUGCAAUCCGGUGGACCAACUCUACUACAUCUUGCUGCCGGUUUAGGUUAUUCGCGUUUAGCUUGUGCUCUUCUUCACUGGCGGUCAGAAAAUCCUAGCAGUGUUUUAGAUGCAGAGGUCGACGCUUUGAGACAAGACGCUGCAGGCUUAACACCUCUUGCUUGGGCCUGUGCCGCUGGACAUGCUGAUACUGCACGUAUUCUUUAUCGGUGGAACGCGAUGGCUCUACGCGUGAGAGAUUGUCAGAACCGAAGUGCAACAGAUCUGGCUACAGAGAAUGGUCAUACGGAUAUUGCCAAGGAGUUGAAUCGAUUGGAAGCAAGGAGACAAGAUGAGAGGCUCUUCUUACGACCGGCAAGUCCUAGCCCGAGACGUCCCUCACAAGACAGCGGUCUCGAUUUAACCUUGUGUGCUUCUCCGCUACUGGACAGGAUGGAAUUAUUGCAAGAGGAUGAUUCGUCUUUAGGCUUGGACCAUCAAGGAAUGGAGAGUACUCCAAGCUCCCAAUCGUCUGUAGGGGAGGAAGACGUGCGGGUGCUGACGUUGGCCGAACAAAUAAUUGCCGCGCUACCAGAGAGAAUAAAGAGAGAGGGUGAUCCUUCGUCCCCCUCGCUGCCACCCUCGCCGCCAUCCUCAUUGACCCCGCUCGAGGAUGCUUUUAUGGAGCAAAUGCCACUCGACUCCGGCGAGCUUUUCGAUUCAUAUCGCGAGUGCGGUGGCGCGGCAUCAGUAUCCGACGUCGACGCGGAAGCAAGUCCGUCCAGUCCAUCUAGCAGCUGCUUAACACCCGACUCACCCUCGCCCCCGCCCACGACCGCCGACUUCUGCGAGUUCCUCCAGCUGCAGCUCCAACUGGAUGGCGGCAGCCACAGCCAUAGUCAUCAGCAUCACCAUUCCCAUCAUCACCAUAAUCUCAAUCAUCACAGUCAGUACAAUGAUUACAAUGGUAACUGCGGUAACGAGCGAAUCACCGACGGCGAAGCUGACCUGAGUCGUCUGACUCUGUCCGAUCGCGAGCAACGUGAGCUUUAUCACGCUGCCCGUAUGAUCCAAAAGGCUUAUCGCAAUUACAAGGGCCGUCAACGUCAAGAGGAAGCCGAACGACAUGCUGCUGUACUUAUACAGCAGUACUACCGCCGACAUAAACAGUACGCUUAUUACAGACAAGCCACCAAAGCCGCACUGGUGAUUCAAAGCAACUAUCGUAGUUACCGUGCUCGUCCCGGAUCCACAAGCACACGACAGCAAUCUGUUCACCAGCAAGCUGCUCAUCAGGCUGCUAGGAAAAUUCAACAGUUUAUGCGACAAUCCAAGAUCAAACUUCAGAACGCACGGGCCGCCGCAAACGCGAGCGGGAGGCAGCCAGUGGGCAUUUCACGGGCGGUUGCUGCCCCCCAAAGCUCGCACUCAUCUAGCCCAGGGGCCAGCCUAGCAGCCGGGAACCAAGAGGCAGCAUAACAGCUACCAGUUCAACAAAUUCACAAACUUGUUCUGCGACAACUAAAACUUCAACUCGUACAACUGACUGUCCAACUGAAUUCAGUGGCAAUCAUUCUCCUUCCAAGCAUCAUAAAGCUUAAAGCAAUUAUAUUUAAAAUUUAACUUUUAAAUAACAAAAAGAAAUAAAUAAAUACUUAAUUACUUAAAUAAAUAAAUAAUAUAACAGCUGGUUAAUGACAAGAGCAAUUUUAAAAAUUAAUUAAAUAAAUAAAUAAAUAAUUCCAUUUAUGGGAUUGCUUUAUUUUAACCGUCCCACGUCUCUCUGAGACGGUAAUUGCCGGUUUUUAAUUACGGAUAGCCUCUAUUUAUAUUUAUUGUACAUUAUUUUGUUAAUUUAUUUAAUUAUUACUAUUAUUUAUUAACACUAUAAAAAAUUUACUGAGUGAAUGCGCUGCAGUCGAUUAAUUUUCGGUAGCAGCUCUCAAAAAAAAAUCGGUGGCAGCUACUGAAAUAACUCGUGGCAGCUACCGAAAAUUAGUCGUCUACAGCUACUGAAAAUUAAUCAAUAGUUGCUAUUGAUUAAUUUUUGGUAACAGCUACCGAAAAUUAAUCGGUAGCAGCAACCAAAUAAAAAUCGAUAGCAGCUACCAACAUAAUCGGUGGCAGCUACUCUAAUAAUUAGUGGCAGCUACUGAUCAUUUGUUUUUUGUGUACCCCACGAAGGGAAAUUUUGAAAAAUAUUAAGGACAGGCCUUAAUUAUAAAAAAAACAGAAAUUAAAAUCCGCAUUCACUCCUAAUUUUUUAUUGUGUACAUUUAUUAUUAAAUAAAUGAAUAAAUAAACGCUUGGGUGCUUGUAAAUAAUUAAUAGUCUUCUUAAAAUAUUUCAAAUCUGCUUUAAAUAAAUAACAAAAAUAAUAAUAAUGAAUAGUUACCAAUUAUUUAUAAUAAAUUAUUUACUUAUAUUUGGCACUGCCUCUUAAUAAAUUUAUUAUUUAUAAUUAAUAAAUUUGGUUAAUUACGUUUGUAAAUAAUUUAUUUCAAUUAUGUAAUGAUACAUAUCAUUUAUUAAUUGUAUCAUAAUUUGUUGUUAAAGCAUUAUUUAUUAUUAAAUUGUUAAUAAUUGCGUCGAGACUGAGAGUAAUGAGAGGUAUCCACCGGCAUUAAAAUAAAAAAUAAAAAAAAAAAAAAAAACAUAUAUUAAAAUUUUAAAAAUAAAAUAAAAUAAAAUUUCGAGACUGAAUUGUAUUGUGAGUAUUAACUCUCGGUGUAUACAAAAAAAUAAUAAUAAUUAUUAUUUAAAUAAAAAAUUAAAUGCGAUUGUUUAA